CAACACCACACGACGCCAAACUUGACGCUAUUCUGAACAUCCUGACCACAGACACUCAUUGAAUUCAGGCCCCGCUACAAUACCGCCAAGAUGACGCGGGCCCAACAGACUAUCAGCAUUGCGAUGCUCCUAACCUCGAUUUACCUCGCUUUGUUCCUGCAGGUCAUCCCAUUGCCUGAAAAGAUCCAGGCAGAAGUUGUUCCAGUUCUUCCUUUCUGGGCUCUCAUCUCCUUCGGCUCAUACCUUCUAUUCAAGCUCGGUUGGGGCGUUUUUACCUUCAACGACGUACCAGAGGCGCACGCGGAGAUUAUGCAACAGAUAGCAGAGGCACGGAAAGACCUCAGCGCAAAGGGGGUCGAUGUUGGCGAGGACUAGAUGGGCUAGGGGUGCUGGGAGCUACAUAAUUUGGGCGUUGUUGGGACCUAUGGGAGGGCUUUGAUAGGGGCUAUAAUGGUGGGGUAUUUGAACACAAUCUAUAAACGCUACGGAGACAGCAAGUUCGCAUCGGAUCAACGUCACUGCUCACGCAGCAGUGGUGGUCUCGGCUUGCUUCUGCGCCAGCUUCAACUUCUUUUCGGUUCUCAUAAACUCUCGGAUGCCCACGGGUACAUCCUCGAACAGCUUGUCUCUGUCCACGUCCUCUAAACCGCCGUCCCAGUUCGUCUCGCUGCCACCCCCGUCAUCGUCCAUACUGGUAGCAACAUGACUCGGCAUGCCUUCCCCCGCUA